UUAUUUUUUCCAGUUGCAAGUAGCUUUGUCUUCUUUACGACACUCGCGUCCUUAUUUAUUGCAAUACCAUAUCCCAGAUACAGUCAAACAUGUGAAGUGUAAUAUUUGUAUUAAUUUAGCAAACAUUAACUUAAAGGCACUUCAUUGUAUUAUUGUGGUUGGUAUGUUGUUCUGCAUAAUAGCACAUAUAUAUUUCUAAUUGAAUAUAUAUAUAUAUAUAUAUAUAUACACAUGUAUAUUUUUUUUGGGUCAAAUAUAUACACAUUUGCAUCAUUUCUAUGGUUGAUAAUUAAAUUAAGAUAAUCCUUAAUAGGCUUAAUUAUAAAAACAUUUCAAACGAACAUGUGUAAUAGGUUUAACUUUAUAACCUGUUUGGCUUCCUAAAAAUUAACUUUCAACACUUUUAACACAUAUCUUCUUCUCCUUGGUUUAAACCCCUCAAGUUACAAGAGAGUUUUUAGAGAGAGAAAGUACAAGUUCAUAUCAUUGCAGGAUCAAAUAUAUCGUACUGAUUUAAGUUUUGAUUCCAAAGAGGAGAAGAAAAUGAAUUCAAACAAUUGGCUUGCCUUUCCUCUAUCACCAACUCACUCUUCUUUGCCUCCUCACAUCCACUCUUCACAAACCUCUCAUUUCAACCUGGGCCUGGUCAACGACAAUAUGGACAACCCUUUUCAAAACCAAGAAUGGAAUAUGAUCAAUCCACACGGUGGAGGCGGUGAAGGAGGAGGGGUUCCAAAAGUGGCUGAUUUCUUAGGAGUUGGCAAAUCAGAGAUUCAUCAAGCCGACCACAACCUCGUAUCUUACAACGACAUUCAUCAAACCAAUGACUCAGAUUACUACUUCCAAACCAACAGCUUGUUACCUACCGUUGUCACUUGUGCCUCUAACACUCCUAAUAACUAUGAGCUUCAAGCGAGUGCUCACAAUUUACAAUCUCUCACUCUUUCCAUGGGAAGUACUGGAGCUACUGCUGCUGCUGCCGCCACCCUUAAAGCCUCACCGGAUGAUAUUAGCACUGAUAAUAGUAGUAGCACUACUAACACAGGUGGAGGAGCCAUCGUUGAAGCUACACCGAAAAGGACCUUGGAAACUUUUGGACAAAGAACUUCUAUCUAUCGUGGCGUUACAAGACAUAGAUGGACCGGUAGAUACGAAGCGCAUCUCUGGGAUAAUAGUUGUCGAAGAGAAGGACAAUCAAGGAAAGGAAGACAAGUCUACUUAGGUGGGUAUGACAAAGAAGAGAAAGCAGCAAGAGCAUAUGAUUUAGCUGCACUUAAAUACUGGGGCCCCUCUACUACUACCAACUUUCCUGUUACUAACUACGAAAAGGAAGUUGAGGAGAUGAAACACAUGACGAGACAAGAGUUUGUGGCUGCUAUUAGAAGGAAAAGUAGUGGAUUCUCGCGUGGUGCAUCGAUGUAUCGCGGAGUAACAAGGCAUCAUCAACAUGGAAGAUGGCAAGCAAGGAUCGGCCGAGUUGCCGGAAACAAAGAUCUCUACUUGGGAACUUUCAGCACGGAGGAAGAAGCAGCAGAAGCAUACGACAUAGCUGCAAUAAAGUUUCGAGGUCUAAACGCGGUUACAAACUUUGAGAUAAACCGCUACGACGUGAAAGCCAUCCUAGAGAGUAACACACUUCCUAUAGGAGGUGGUGCGGCUAAACGUCUCAAAGAAGCUCAAGCUCUUGAAUCAUCAAGAAAACGCGAGGAAAUGAUAGCACUGAGCUCAAACCUCCAUCAGUAUGGUGCACCCUCGAGCUCUAGGCUUCAGCUUCAACCUUACCCGCUAAGCAUUCAACAACCUUUUGAGCAUCUUCAUCAUCACCAGCCUUUACUUACUCUACAGAACAACAAUGAUAUCUCGCAGUAUGAUUCCUAUAGUUACAUCCAGACACAGCUUCAUCUUCACCAACAACAAACCAACGAUUAUUUGCAGUCUUCUAGUCACAGCUCGCAGCUCUACAAUGCUUAUCUUCAGAGCAACCCUGGAAUGCUUCAGGGCUUUGUCUCCGAUGAUAACAACAACAACACUUCAGGGUUUCUUGGAAACAAUGGGAUCGGUAUUGGGUCAACCUCGACCGUUGGAUCAUCUGCUGGGGAUGAGUUUUCCACGGUUAAAGUUGAUUAUGAUAUGCCUCCUUCAGGUGGAGCCACAGGGUAUGGAGGAUGGACUACUGGAGAGUCUGUUCAGGGAUCAAAUCCAGGAGGUGUUUUCACAAUGUGGAAUGAAUAAAAGGCUGGUUUAUCUGUCUUUGUUUGCGAGACAAGGUAGGUUCUAGAUGACAGCUAUAUUAUUUCCUUGUCUCGCAAGUAACCGGAUUGACUGUAGUCUUCUUAUUGGUUAGCAGAGAAUUUAGGAUUUUGUUUCUUUGUUUUACUUAUGACGGCGAAGAUGAUGAACUUGUAGACAGCGGUUAACAGAGUCCUCAAGGGUUAGGGUUUUAUGGGCACUAAAACAAGAUUCAUAAGUGCCCAAAUUUUGUUUAAAAGCUAACCCUUCUGACUAGUUUCUCAAACUUGUAACUCGUUUUAUUUAAAGAUUUAUAUUUCCUCUACUUUGAAUCAUGUAUACCUUAUUACUAUUUCUAGUAAUAUAGUUACUUUUCGUUAUC